AGAAUGAAACUCUUCAUCGCUCUUGCUACCCUGGUGGUGCUGGCCGCGGGCCAGAACACCUACACGUCGGAGAACGACGACGUCGCCGAAGCGCUGAUCAGCAACCCGGAGACGCUGAAGGUCUUGUUCAACUGCCUCUUGGACAAGGGCCCGUGUGACAAGACCCAGACCUUCAUUAAGACUUUCAUGCCCGAAGCUAUACAGCAAGCGUGUGCUAAAUGCUCGGCUGAUCAGAAGGUGAUCCUGAAAAAAUUCCUCGCUGGUCUAAAGGACCACUACCCUGCCGAUUACGAAGUCUACAAGCAGAAGUUCGACCCAGAAAACAAGUAUUUUGUACCGUUGUAUAAGGUUAUUGCAUAAAUG